AAAUCCUCAAAAGAGAUGAGGGAAAAUGGAUGGAAACUCAUUGACCCAAUAUCAGACUUUGAGCGUAUGGGAAUACCCAACAGGUACUGGACCAUAACUGAUGCCAACAGAAGCUAUGAGAUAUGCAGUACCUACCCUCCUGAAAUAGUGUUUCCUAAAUCUGUUAUGGGAACGGUGGUUGGAAGUUCAAAGUUCAGAAGUAAAGAACGUGUCCCUGUGCUCUCCUAUCUCUACAAAGAGAACAAUGCUGCCAUUUGCCGCUGUAGCCAGCCUCUCUCUGGAUUUUACACUCGCUGUGUAGAUGACAAGCUCUUGCUAGAGGCCAUUAGCCAAACGAACCCAGGGAGCCAGUUUAUGUAUGUCAUAGACACAAGACCAAAGUUGAAUGCCACGGCCAAUCGAGCAGCUGGGAAGGGGUAUGAAAAUGAAGACAGCUAUGCCAACAUUCGCUUCAGGUUCAUGGGCAUUGAGAACAUCCAUGUGAUGUGGAGCAGCCUGCAGAAACUCUUGGAAGUUUGUGAAUUGAAAACUCCAACAAUGAGCGAAUUUCUUAGAGGCCUGGAGAGCUCAGGGUGGUUGAGACACAUUAAAGUUAUGGAUGCUGGAAUUUUCAUUACAAAGGCAGUGAAGGUAGAAAGGGCCACUGUCUUAGUCCAUUGUUCUGAUGGGUGGGACCGCACAGCACAAGUCUGUUCAGUAGCCAGCAUCCUCCUAGAUCCAUUUUAUAGGACAUUCAAAGGACUCGUGAUCCUGAUAGAGAAGGAAUGGAUAUCCAUGGGUCACAAGUUCUCCCAAAGGUGUGGCCACCUGGAUGGGGACUCUAAAGAAGUUUCCCCUAUCUUCACCCAGUUUCUAGACUGUAUUUGGCAAUUAAUGGAACAGUUUCCCUGUGCCUUUGAGUUUAAUGAAAACUUCCUGCUGGAGAUUCAUGACCAUGUUUUCUCCUGCCAGUUUGGAAACUUCCUUGGAAACUGCCAGAAGGAUCGGGAAGAUCUAAGAGUCUGUGAGAAAACACAUUCUGUAUGGCCUUUCUUAGUUCAGAGGAAACCAGACUUCAAGAACCCUCUCUAUAAAGGUUUCACUAUGUAUGGGGUGCUCAGUCCUAGUGCUGUGCCCUACAACAUUCAGUUCUGGUGUGGCUUUGACAAAGGAUUGCAGCCCAAGCAGAGUAUGAUAGAGAGCCUCCUGGAAAUUAAGAAACAGAGAGCAAUGCUAGAGGCAGAUGUGCAUGUACUAGAAAAGAAACUGAAUACGUGUGAUGAGCCACCAGAAGAGGUCUGUACCUGCUCUCAAUUAGGGAAUUUAUUAUCCCAGCAUCUGGGAAAUCCUUUGACCAAUCCUCUCGGCUUUAUGGGUAUUGAUGGAGACCUGAAUACCUUGAUGGAGAAUGGCACCCUGUCCAGGGAAGGAGGCCUCCGAGGUCGGAUGGAUCAAGUAAACAGCCAGUGUGCAGACCUCCACUGUGACUGCUGUGAGAUCAUGGACAGUGUUAGGGCCAUAAAUAUGUCUGGGGAUGUGAGCAUCUCCGAGGCCAUGGGCAUCUCUGCAGACUUGGGCAUCUUUGAGGCUAUGGGCAUCUCUGAGGUCACUGACAUCUCUAGAAACAUGGGUAUUUCUGAGGCCAGGGGCUUCUCUGGAGACAUGGGUUUCUCUGGAGGCAUGGGCAUCAUAGAGGACACGGGCAUCUCUGAGGACAUAGGCACCAAGGAGGCAGGCUGCUCCAAGCAGCAGUGA